AUGUCAAAACUCACACUGGACCAAAUCGCCGGAACCCCACUAGAAUAUUUCAUCUGUGGGGGCAUAGGUGGUUGUUUGGCAACCUUCGUCGGCUACCCAUUCGACACAAUCAAAGUCCGCACGCAAACCCUACCCGCAAUAGACAACAAACUCCCAACACCCGGUAUAGUAAUGAAGAACCUCAUUAAAAAAGAAGGUAUCCUUGGAUUAUACCGUGGGAUACUAGCACCUUUGGCAACCAUCAUACCCAACUAUGGUAUGUCCUUCUGCACAUACAAAGUGUGCAAAAUAUUCAUAGGACCACGCGAACAUGAAUUACUAGAAACCCAGGAUUAUUUUAUUUCUGGGUGUACAUCAGGGUUUUUUACAAGUUUCAUCCAAGCACCUGCUGAUAGAGUGAAGGUAUUGUUACAAAUUCAAAGGUUACAUAGUCAUAAAGAAGACGCCCUGAGUGCUAAAGAGGUUAUAAAAAAAUUAUACAAAGAUGGCGGAUUGAAGAACAUAUACAAAGGUAUAGGUGCCACUUUACUGAAAGAAAUCCCCGCGAAUGGAGCUUAUUUCGCAACAUAUGAAACCCUACGUGAUGGUAUGACCAACAGAGGACGGGAAGCAACCACUCCUAGAGUAGCAAUGAUAGCUGGAGGUACAGCUGGUUUAACAUAUGCAAUUCUAGUUGCACCGCUAGAUGUACUCAAGAACCGCGUGCAAGCUGCUAAAUGGGAUGCCUACCCUCGAGGGGUAAGAGAUGUCCUACCUGAAUUAUACAAAACCGAAGGUCUUAGAGGGUUUACCAGAGGGUUAACUCCUGUUUUAUUACGAGCGGUACCUGCGAAUGUUGCUUGUUUUUUCGGGUUUGAAAUGGCAAGGCAACAUAUACGUGGACAGUGUUGGCUCAUGGAGUGUCUCUGGACAAAAUGA